CGAAUGGUUCGGUUACCUGGAGCAAUCUGGUUCUAUUAAUCGUGCGAGGCCGCCUUUGCUUGCGCCCCCAAUAAGCUCUAGAGUCAACCGCAUCACUGGAAAUUGAUCAAACAUCCUCAGGCCCUAGGGAUAAGUAUAGUUGAUUGGAAAGACAUGGCGCAAUCCACGACUCUUUGCCAGGCCCGUCGCCGGCUGGUUCAUCAAUUGGCACGAGCGCAGCGCCGCGGCUUUGUGGCCUCAUCCCGAUGCUACAAAGCCACCGCCGCUGAGGCCGCCUCUCAUCUUCUUGAGAAUUUCGCCGAAAAGUCUGUUGUUCGGCGACAGUUUAUUGACGGAAACCAGCUCCAGAAGUUGCUGCUUACGCUUGGUCAAACAUCCAUUCAAGGUGCAGACGUUUCUGAAGUCCCCCCAGUUGCCGGAACGCCAGUACCGCAAGGCUAUCACCUUGCUUACUUUACACCCAAUGGCACGGAAAAGGAGCUGGGAGCAGAUGGUACUGACCGGACAUUCAAUGCGUCGGCUCCAUUCACGCGGCGAAUGUGGGCUGGUGGAAAGAUGAAGUGGCCAGCUCCGUCCAGCGGUGCCUUGCUUCGCGUUGGAGACGAAGUCGAGGAGCGAACACGCCUUGUCAGUGCUACAGCCAAGAAAAGCCGAUCUGCGGGAGAAAUGGUCUUAGUCGAGGUGGAAAAAGAAUUCUGGGGCCCCAACGGGCUUGCUCUUGUUGAUCAGCGGUCCUGGGUCUUUCGACCUGAAAUUGACCCCGAGACUGCACCCCCAGCUCCGGAGCCCCUUGCAGAUGUUACUCGGGGGCCUUCUUUAACGAAGGACUUUACCAAUAAUGGCGAUGACUUCCUCACUCGAGAGCUUCGAUGGUCUCCUACCGGCCUCUUCAGAUUCUCGGCCCUCACCUUUAAUGGUCAUAUGAUCCACUACAACGAAGGCUGGACCCGGAAUGUCGAGGGCCAUGCUGGAUUGGUAGUCCACGGCCCGCUAAACCUCAUCAACCUCCUGAACUACUGGAAGGAUGUUCAUGGUAAUGGCGAAGGCCCAAGCAGUAUUUCAUACCGGGCAAUGGCACCACUAUAUGCCGGCCAGACGUAUCACAUCAAAACUUCGGAUGUCAGAGAUACUGACAAUGGCAAAGUGUGGGAUGUUGUUGUUGAGAAGGAUGGAGUUGUUUGCAUGAAGAGCGAGAUCUCGAACCAAAAUUGAUGUACAAUCCAGUGAUGGCACAACAUACAAAGCUACCAUGACGCUCUUUGGUGAUGUUAAAUGAAGAAAGGCCAACCUGAUAUAGAUUACCCAGUAUCAUAUCCCUUGAUUUACUACUCAAACACCGUGAUAUCAAUACCACACAGCCGUGCC